UUAUAUAUAUAUGCAGCUGAUUUGUUUGUUACACAUAUAGUUUAACAUAUUAAGUAAAAUUUUCAUGCGUAAUGUACUUGUAUUAAAUGCAUCUGAACUGAAUUUUGACUGUUUGACUGUUGACACACGAGUGCGGGAAAACAAUUAAGUUGGUUUAUAGGCUGUCGACUUUAAAAGUGAAAAUAUAUUAGUUUUUCAGAAAGUACAAAAAAUGGAUAAAUCUCUACAUCAACAAAUUUACAAUAAUGCUACACGGAGCCCGUAUAGCAUACGCACACGCCAAAGCUCGGCGAGUUCAUUGUCUGCCCGUAAAACCGGCUAUAAACGAAGUAACCUAUCCUAUGGCGGAGGCGCCACUGCUCCAAGCGUUUCUGGUCGAUCUAACCAAACUAUUUUGGGUAUUCGCUCCGAAAUGAAUAUUGUUGAGAGUUACGGAUUUCAGUUGCCGGUUGUUGUAAAUGAGGCGUUAAACUUUAGUGAAAAGAAUCAGCAUGUUUCAGUAAUGUGUUCUCCAAACGGUUGGGCGUGGGCUGUCCAUUUACGUCAUUUGUACAUUUGGCAGUACAAAGACACGCGUUCACUACAACAAAAUAAGGAGCAAAUGCGCACGCCACAGCGACGUGGUGCUAGUGCACAAUGCAGAGAGUUGACGUUACCGCACUGCGAUAUUGGACAUAAAGCGAGCUUGGUUACUGUUUUUGUAGGUGAAGGACAACAAAUGGCAUCUUGUAUAGCAGUAUCACCAACUGGUGAUGUGCGUUACUGGACAUCAAUUGCUCAUGAUGGUUCUACAGUUGAUGCAAAUGGCAUAUUGGAAGGGCAGGAAUUUGAUUAUUUGAUGGAAGUGCCAUAUCAUCAAGGCUAUCUGCUAGUUACCACGACAUGUAGCUUAGUGUCAUUACAAUUACAAUUGGUUAAUGGUAGACAAAUUCUGCAUCAUAAAACCAUAAAACAGCCCACAGGAUUUUUAGGAGGGUUCGGCAAAAAAUUUGCAUCGAUUAUAAUUGGUUUAAAUAGCAGCAACGAUAAGGAAAAUAAAUUUGUAAGUAUCGCCUGUGAGGAAGAAGAUGAUGAGAAUGCGGUUGUGACUUUGCUCGCUGAUCGUUGGAUACAGCGCUGGCGAAUUGCUAAUCAAGGCACCUCAGAACAAUUUAUUUAUGAAGACUGUGAUAUUGUGCGCAAAAUACGGGAAGAAUUUAUACUUAAAUUUUGGCAAACAAGAGUUGGAAAUCCUGAAAUUGAACUUCACUUACUUGACAUGCAUUUAUUUGAUAAUAAAAUGUAUGUGCUUGGUGGAGCUGUAAAUUCAACACAUGCGCCUCAAAUGUGUUAUGGCAUUUCUGUUCUUGCACCUACGUCCGAUGAAAUGGAAUUAUUGAACUUUAUGCCAUUAAAAUUCUCUCAAUUCUUUAGUACUGGCACUGAAAAAGAUUGCCUUAGUUUACGUUUUAUUAUAUCCCGCUUACAUAUAUAUUUAUAUACAGAUAAAGCAAUUUAUCCAGUCAGUUUAAGUAAUCCUACUUCGACAGAUUUCGAGGCAGAGAAAAUUGAAUUUCAAGUGUUAGAGGAUCGUAUUUUGAACGCCACCGUUUCCAAUAACUUACCGCUUUUCUUUAGUCGCGCGCAUGGAUUAGUUUGCGUUACACCAGCUGAUAUCGAUAGUCCUGAACUCUUUCACACGUCAAGAAAUACCACCGACUUUUAUAUUCCACAAUCAGAGGCUACUUUGCGAGAACAGACUUUGAUAGAUCCCAGUAUGGUAGAUGGUAAUUUGUAUAUGUUUGAUUUGGAUCCUGAAGCUAUGUACAAUGAGUUUAAGGACGGAGUUAGUCAGUUGAAAGCAGCUUUUAUUUAUCGUCUUAAGCGGAACAAUAAUAUGAGCACGACUAUACUAAACGAUUUGCUGCGUAGUACUGCUGAAGCACAAACUGCUGGCGCAUUAACAGAUACAAAUGAGUUAGACAAAAUUGUGGUGACGAUAGCUGAAGAUCUUGCAGAGGAUGUACCUGCAGCAGAUCCACGCUGGGAGCAACUGUGGAAUGAGAAUCAAAACAAUAGACAUGCGUUAGGCAGUUCUUCAUCUAUGCAAAUUUUGACCCAACUCAAGGAAAAAAAUCUAGCAUUGAGACAUUUUGUGGAUUUUUUGCACACAACUGGUAUUUGGGAUAAGUUGCAAACGUUGCACAGUCCUGGAAGUAGUGGUGCUUUGAUUAAGUCAACCUGUAACAUUAUAUCCGACAUAAAUGAGAAGAUUAUAGGCGCUAUAGCCUUAAGAUCACAACAAGUCAAAUUUUCAAGUCUUGUAGAUGAAGCUAUACAACGAGUUAUUGUAGGCUGGAAUAAUAUGCCUGAGGGUGCUUUAACAGCACAGGAUUUAUUUUAUGUACGCAUUUGCAAAUUCCAGGACCUCUUUCAGGCGUUAGCCGAUAUUGUUGACGAACGUAUUACAAAGCAGAAACAGUCUCUUGCUGUGACAAAUUUAAUUUGUGACAUCAAUGCAAUCGUUUUACACUUGCUCAGCGAAAUUCAUACCUUUCGUGAACAAAAUGCAUCAAUAUUUUCACUGCCUGCCGAUAAAUUGGAUAUGUAUGAAUAUUUGCCUUGGACUGCCAUGAGUGGCUCUGCUGGCAUGAGGGAUGUUCUAAAUCACUUGGUUGAUAUAACAACGCGUUAUGGCACACGUACUCCUUGUGAUCCAUCCACUAAACAAAAAUUAUAUCAGCAGAUCUUAGAGCUAAUCGAUUACAUACUCGACGGUCGAAAAUCAUACUUGGAUAGCAUACGCGACACAGAGAAAUACAAUGUUUUCUUGCAACAAUACGAAUCGCAACGUUUGAGUUUGAUUUCUCUUUUAAUUAACGAUGAACAGUAUGAGCUCGCCGCAAAGUUGGCUGAGAAGUACUUAGACUUCCAAUGUUUAGUAAUAAUAUGCGAUCAAAGUGACAGUCAGGAGCGCCUUGAUCAUUAUAUAAAAAAGUUUGAGGAAUACGAUUUCUCACAGUUUGCAAUUAACUGGCAUUUACGUCAAAAUCGUCAGGGCGAUGUAUUUGAUCGUUUCAAAGAAAAUCAAGCUGCCUUAUCACAAUUUAUGCGAGAUCAUCCGACUUUGGCUUGGAUACAGCUGAUAUAUAAUGGGGACUUCGAACGGGCAUCAAAAACUCUUCUGCAGUUGGCACAAAAUGAAACUGAAUUAGUAACAAGAAAAAAGGCCAUGUUAUCCUUGUCAAAAUUAGCAUCCAUAGCAUCGUUGGAGUCUGAUUUGAGUACACAAAUUGAAAAUAUAAAUACUGAACAAAAAAUUAUUGAUUAUCAAGAACAGCUAAGUGCUGCACUAUUGGAAAGCUUUGGUUUUGAUCCUGAAAAUCAGAAAGUGUUGAAAGUGGAGGAGAUUAUAAAUCUUAUAAUAACGGAUGAAAAUGAGAAAGCCACAGAGGAGGACUUUCGUAAAGCACUCGAAUUGUUAAACUAUAUAGAGGAGCCUUACGAAGCAAGGCAUAAAAUUUGGUGUGCUGCAAUUUUACGUGAUAAUUGGAUUGACUAUGAUAUCAAUAAUGCCAUUGACCACGUACAAAACCUCUUAUUUUUUAAAUUGACCGAAGUGUGUCAUUUAAUGGGCACUGAGCUCGAGACAUUCUUACCACCAAUUGAAAAUUUCCUUAAUGCUGAAGACUUGGAGGAGGUGGCACACAACACGUCAUUUCAAUAUUUACUCAAGUUGACAUAUGAAUGCAUCAAUAAUUCCUUUAAGAAAAGUGAUGAAAUGGAAACUUGAGUCAUAGCAUUUAGAAUUCAAAAUAUUUUUAGUAU